UCUCUUUUUCACUCCAUCCAUUUUGGUGCUUUCCAAAAUUAACUCCAAAAUUUUCGUCUAAGCAACAAAUGAUUCACUUACAGAUCAUACACUUCAGUUACUGGAAAUGGGAAAAAGAAUCAAAUCAUAUCAAAAUAAAAUCAUUCAUUAAAAAAAUCUUUGACUAACCUCCUUGAAUAUAUGAAUCUUCCAUAUAUAUAUUCACACUGCGCGCCAGAGGCAAAUAAUAUGUACGGUUUUCCGGCCAAGAGAGGAAGGAAUCAAGUGUAGGUCUCCAAUGGCUUCCAAUGCAGCUGUUUCUUUGACUUUUGUUGUGCUCUCGCUUAGUGUAAGCGUGGGUAUAGGGAGAGUGAAUGUUGGUAAUCAAGGAUUUCGGCACGGCGACGAUAGGCUGAGAGGCGGUGUUUUGGAUCGGCAAGAAGCCGACCGGGUGACCAAGCUUCCGGGUCAGCCGACGGUGGGUUUCAAGCAAUAUGCAGGUUACGUUACGGUGAAUGAGAAGCAUGGAAGAGCACUGUUCUAUUGGUUUUUUGAAGCCACGAGCGAACCUCAGAAACGUCCUCUCCUCCUCUGGCUCAACGGAGGUCCUGGGUGUUCAUCAAUUGGUUAUGGACAAGCAGAGGAACUGGGACCUUUCUUCCCUAAGAAAGACCAACAAACACUAAAGCUCAACCCUCAUAGAUGGAACAAAGCUGCCAACUUACUAUUUGUUGAAUCUCCUGUUGGUGUUGGGUUUUCAUAUACCAACACUAGCAGAGACCUCAAAGAACUUGGUGAUGAAAUUACAGCUAAGGAUUCCUAUGCAUUUCUUGUGAACUGGUUCAAAAGAUUCCCACAGUUCAAGUCCCAUGAUUUCUACAUUGCUGGAGAAAGCUAUGCUGGGCAUUAUGUUCCACAGCUAGCCGAUGUCAUUUUUUACAAAAACAAGCAUGUUCCCAAGUCAGAUCACAUAAAUAUCAAGGGAAUUAUGAUUGGGAAUGCAUUGUUGGAUGAUGAAACGGAUCAAACAGGGAUGGUGGAUUAUGCAUGGGAUCAUGCAGUGAUCUCUGACAGAGUCUACAACAAUAUUAAGGCCAAAUGCAACUUCAGUAGUGAAAAUUCAACUCAGGAUUGCAACGAAGCCCUCGAUGAUUACUUUGCCGUAUACAGAAUCAUCGACAUGUACAGCUUGUAUAGUCCUAUUUGUGUUAUCAACUCCAACAGUAGCAGUAGCAGACAACGCCGGACAAUUCAAGGCAUUGCUCCUCAGAUACUGUCCAAAUUUGAUGGGUGGCACAAAACACCAGCAGGAUACGACCCUUGUGCAUCAGACUACACAGAGAGUUAUUUCAAUAGGCCAGAUGUUCAAAAAGCACUUCAUGCCAAUGUUACCAAUAUGUCCUAUGCAUGGACUCAUUGCAGUGAUGUGAUCUCAAUUUGGAGGGAUUCACCACCAUCUAUGCUUCCUACAAUUAGAAAGCUUAUAGCAGGAGGCAUUCGCAUAUGGGUUUUCAGCGGAGAUACUGAUGGGAGAAUUCCAGUCACUGCAACUAGAUUAACCCUCAAAAAGCUUGGAUUAAAAACCAGUAAAGAAUGGACACCUUGGUACACCUACAAUAAACAGGUUGGUGGAUGGACGAUCGAGUAUGAUGGGCUUACCUUCGUCACCAUUAGAGGAGCUGGUCAUCAAGUUCCAAGUUUCAAGCCAAAGCAGGCACUUCAGCUGGUUAAGCAUUUCCUGGCCAACAAGAAACUGCCACACAAACCAUUUUAGGUCAUUAUUGCAUGCAUUAUUUUGGGUUGAAUUAGAAGAAACAUUUUUUUAUCAGCUUUUUUAGUUAAGGGUUUACUUGGCCUGAAACUUGUACAGCAUUGUUUCAUCCAUUGCAUAAAGUGAAAGCACAUUUUGAAAUGAAUUAAAGCUCUAUCCUCCUAGUUUUUAUUA